AUGAAUAUACUUGAAAGUGAAUGGUACAAAAAUUGUAAUUGGUAUCAUAUAUACCCAAUAGGAAUAUGCGGUGUGGAAAGAAUUAACUCUGAAAAAAUUGAAAGAAUAAACAAAUUAGAAGAGUUGGGUUCAAAAUUAUGGAUUGAUCAUUUAAAAAAUUUGAAUAUUGGUGGAAUAUAUAUAGGGCCUGUUUUUGAGUCAGUGGCCCAUGGAUAUGAUACAACAGACUUAUUUUCAAUAGAUAAAAGGCUUGGAAGCAAUGAAGAUUUUAGAAAUUUGAUAAAAGUGUAUCAUUCAAAUGGAAUUAAGGUAAUUAUUGAUGCUGUAUUUAAUCAUGUUGGUAGAAAUUUCUUUGCAUUCAACGACAUUAAGAUAAAUGGUAAGCAUUCCAAAUACUGUGAUUGGUUUAAAGGCUUGGAUUUUUCAAAAAAGUCUCAAAAGGGCGACAACUUUACAUAUACUCCAUGGGAAGGUUAUUAUGAGUUGGUGACUCUAAAUCACGAAAAUUGUCAAGUAAGAAAAUACUUAUAUGAUGCUGUGGAGUUUUGGUUUAAUGAAUAUGAAAUUGACGGAUUAAGAUUAGAUGCUGCUGACUGUAUUUCUAUUGACUUUUGGAGAAUGUUUAGGGAUUUUUGCAAGACUAAAUUCGGAGAAAAAUUUGCUUUAUUAGCAGAAAUAAUUCAUGGUGACCAAAGACUAUGGGUAAGGCCAAACCAAUCUGCUAGUAUUAAAUAUGAAUAUAAAAACCAGCCAUUCGAUGGGGUAACUAAUUAUGUUUUGUGGGAUGCAAUAUGGAAAUCUCACCGUUUUAAUAAUCUUGAAUUGCUUGCAAAAGUGAUUUCUCAGCAGAAUGAUUUGUUGAUUAGUGGAUGGAUGUAUAAUUUUGUCGAUAAUCACGACGUAACUAGAAUAGCAAGUCAAGUUGAAAUUGAAGAUGAUCUUUUAACUAUAUUUAUACUCCUAUUCACUCUAAAUGGAUCUCCUUCAAUUUAUUAUGGAAGCGAAUUCAAAUUUAAAGGAGUUAAAGGCCAUGGGAGACAAGCAGAUUUCCAACUUAGGCCAAAACUUACUCUUAAGGACCUUGAAUGGCUUAAUUCUGAUAAAAAUGAUGGAUUUUUAGCUUUAAUCAAGUUUGUUUCUCAAAUCAGAGGUCAUAAAAUUAUAGGCAAGGUUUUAACUCAAGGUGAAUACUCAUUACUAUUAAAUACAAAAACUUUGCUAGUAUUUGAAAGACGUAUUAAAGAAGAGUUUAUUUUAGUGGCAAUUAACAUUCAUACAAAACCAGUUGAAGAAAUUGAAAUAGAUUGGAGAAACAAGGAUGGGUCUUGGAGAGAUAUUUUAUCACCUUCAGAUACUUAUUGUUCUAAAAAUGGAAAAAUCAAAAUAAAUGUACUUUCAAAUUGGGCAGUUAUGAUUUCAUCAUAUGUUCCAAAGGUUUCUUAUAUUCAAUACAAAAUUAAAAAGUUCAAAAAAGUUUUAUACAAUAUUCCUACUUUGGAUAAGGGUGAGUUAAUUACUGUGAAUAAGGAGAAUACUAAUUAA